AUGACAAGAACGAGGGGAGCGAGUAAAACCGAGUCACAGUGUCAUGAAUGCAAGGGAUAUGGACACUUCAAGACCGACUGCCCCACUGUCAAGAGGAGAAGCAUUACUUGCUACAAGUGCAAAGGAAUAGGUCAUACACAACAAGAAUAUGAUGAAUCUGAAGUUGAUAUCCAUGAAAGCUAUAAGGAAGUUCGUAAUGCCUUGGUAGAAGUUGGGAAGGAAAACAUUGAGCUCAAGAAGGAGAAUACUCGUCUUACUGCACGAGUUGACGAACUUCAGAAAGCACUUCAAGCCGAGAAGGAUCUCAACAUGGAUAAUCUUAACAUCGUGCUUGAAAAGAUGGAUGCAGUUAAACGAGCAGACGACAUUACCAAGGAGUACUUUCUGGAAAAGGAGAAUUCCAGAAAUCUACAAGCUGAAUUGGAUCAACACAGAAAGCAACUCAAGAUGCUGACUGGUACUAAGGAACUCGACAAGAUUCUGAGCAUUGGCCGUGAUGUCCAUCAAGCAGAUACUAAGACACCAGCUCAGAAACUUGAUUCCAUUCUCAAAACUGGGAAUCGAGGGAAGAGCACCAUGGGACUGGGAUAUGAUUCUUCUCCAACUCGCAAUCCGAAAGGAUUUCAGAGUCCAAGAGGAAAACAUCAAGGAAAGGAGUGCUAUUUCUGUGGGUCCUUAGGACAUAUCAGGGCUUUCUGCAACAAGUACUGGGCUAGAGUCGACUAUGCAUGGAAACGAGGACGCUAUCAUUGGAAUCGUCAUCUAAACCAGUUCUUCAUCAGAAAAUCGGAUCUAUAUCAGAAUCCUGCCCGACGUACAUCAACUGGUGGUUCAAGACAGCGUGUCUACUCCAACAUGGCCUUACUUGAAGAAAUCGACGAAGCUGACAACACUGGACCAUGGUACUUCGAUAGCGGAUGCUCCAGACACAUGACAGGAGUCAAAGAAAAUCUUCAGGAAGUGAAGAAGCUAAAAGGAGGGAAGGUCACUUUUGGAUGUGGAACCAAAGGGAUGAUUCAAGGCAAAGGACGCACCUCUGAUGAGCAACCACAGCUUAUGAACGUCUAUCUCGUUCAAGGUCUGAAGUCAAACUGA